CCCUUGUGCUGUUCUCAACAUAGUUUCCCAAAGAUCAUCAGGUUUUAGGUUUAGUUCGUGAGACAGAGAGAGAAGAAAUGGGGAGGAGGAUAUUGAAUGAUGCGUUGAGGGCAAUAGUGAAUGCAGAGAGGAGAGGGAAAGCCUCUGUGGAGUUGCAACCCAUCUCUACUGUCAUGUCUUCUUUCCUCAAGAUCAUGAAAGAUCGAGGAUAUAUAAAAAAUUUUCAGGUUUAUGACCCACAGAGAGUCGGGAGGAUAACAGUUGAACUACAAGGCAGGGUAAAAGAUUGUCGGGCACUCACUUACAGGCAAGACAUCAAGGCAAAGGAUCUAGAAGCAUACAGGUUGCGAAUGCUUCCCACUCAUCAGUAUGGGUAUGUCGUGAUAACCACUCCAGAUGGUGUAUUGGACCAUGAAGCAGCAAUCAGCCGGAAUGUAGGUGGUCAGGUUCUUGGUUACUUCCACUAGAUGUCUGUGCUGCCAUUGAACGAUUCAUGGGAGUUGAUGGGCAAAAAGUCUAUCACCUGCUGUUUCUUCAAGAUCGAAAACUUAGUAUCGAAAACUUAGUAUCGAAGUGUGAUGAAUGGGAGAAACAAUUGACCUCGCCAGUAACUGAGCUGCCAUGAAAGACUCUGUAGCUGAUCAUACCUUCCAAAAUUUUUAACUAUACUAGAUUUGUUUUGUUAUCUAUGACUCUUAUACGCAAGUCCUUGGACGACGAACAAAUGAGUGUUGCUAUUUGGUGAUUUUGUUUUAUUAGCCUUUGUUGUGUUUGUCGCAUAAGACGAGAAGACUUGAGUUUGGUCUGUCAAUCUUCGUUCUUGUAAUGCGAAAAAUAAAUUUCCAAUUGGUUAGAUCA